GUUAAACUGGUCACGAAAAAAAAAAUCUUAGGCAGACUUAGGGAAGACCCUUAGAUCUAACUAGAUCUAGACUAGAUUCUAGAUCUAUACACAUAGAUCUUGAUCUAGUAGACUCUAUUUAUAAAUUUGAUUUUAAAAGUGUUGGGAGUUCGUCACCUUUAUUUGUGAGCACGUCACGUUUGUGUAUUUCGUCAUUAGUAUUGUUGAGUAAGCAUGGCGCCUCGCAUUGCAAAGUUAAUAUUUAUUUAGAUCUAGUCAAGAUCUAAUUAAAGUUAAAGUAAUAAAUGCUUUAUAGUUGGCAAAGGAAUCAGAUGAUUUGAAAUAGCGUUACUGCUCUUUUAAAAAAUUGCUUUGUCUUUAAUCAUAGCUCGCUUAAAGUGGAUUUAAUAUAUUUUGUUAAUAAAUGGAAAGACCUUCAUCAUCAUCACAAAAUUUAAAAACUCAAAAGUUUAUGGCUAGUUAUGUGAAAGACACUGAUCCUAAAGUCAAAGAAAAGACUAAAGAAUCUUUGUUAGAUGAUUCACCACCAAUAGUUCAACUUAACAAUUAUGAAGUUGGAACUGCUCGUAGCCAAAGACCAAACAGAUAUGAUCCUUACUCAUUUCUUGAAAACAUGUCUAUUCCCAUUGAUUUUACCAACAUUGGAAAGAACAAACCACAAGGUGCUCAAAAUGUUAUUCCAGGAACUAUAAAUGAUGAUACUAAUGUGAAAAAACCUAUGCCGCACUGUAAGGCUUGUACAGAUUUCAAAACCUGGAUGGAACUUACUGCACAUCCACGAAGGAAUAUGAGCAGAGAAGAGAGAGAACAAAAAGAAUGUCCCUUGGAUUCAGAACUACUUGGUCGAAAUACAUGGGCGUUUCUUCAUACUAUGGCAGCAUACUAUCCUGAAAAACCUUCUUUAGAACAACAGCAUAACAUGAAACAGUUUAUAAAACUUCUAUCACAGUUUUAUCCUUGUCAUACAUGUGCAUCACACUUGCGAGAGGACUUGAAAAACAAUACACCAGACACAAGUAGUAACAUUAAAUUAUCUGAAUGGUUCUGCAAUCUCCAUAAUGGUGUGAAUGUUCGUUUGGGAAAAGUGGAAUUUGAUUGUUCUAAAGUCCUCGAGCGGUGGAGGGAUGGAUGGAAAGAUGGAAAAUGUGAUUGAUGUGUGCGUGAUGCUAUCAUGUCUCAGACUACAACGUGUUUUUGACAGUCAAGACUGAGAUAAAAUGUAUAUAUAAAAAAAGAGAUGUUCCAUUAUUUAAAAAAAAUAAUUUUAAUUUACAAAUGUAUUUAGUUUGAUUAACAUUUUAAUGACAUUUAAAAAAAUUAGAUUUGUUAUGCAUUAAGAUUGAAGAAAUUCAGUAAAAAAAACAAGAAAACAAAGCUAAUGUUAUUUUUUCCUAUCAACAUCUUUUAAUUAAAACAUAUAAAGUUUUUAUUGAAGCAUUUUUUUUUUAGGAUCAUACAUAACAUUUUAGGAGAAAUAACUUUAGGGUAACAAAUGAAAUACAAUAUUUUGAAAGUUUUUUUUUUUAUACAAAGCAUAAAAACUUUAUAACAGGAUGGUGGUUACAGUCAAACCUCGUUAUCUCAAACUCACACUGUAAUUUCUAAUUUAUAGGUGGAUUUUUUGUAGUACAAAUAAGCCAUAGGUUUAAAUUGUUCACUAUGCAGUCUCUUUCAUGGUAGUCUUUGGCAAAGCUGUAAAGUUUUAUAUUACAUACUAAGCAAGUACAUAAUCAAUUAUUUAUUAGAAAUAAAGAAAAAGUUUUUAUAUUUUAAAAUAAAUGAUAGCAAAUUUCAUUUUUUUUUUUUUUUGGUUUAUUGGUACUGGUAUAUUUGUUGGCUUGUUACUUGUAAUGUAUUUGAAAUGUUUCAAGAGACAAAAUAAUUGAAAUGUUCCUUUUAAUUUUACAACACCAAAGUUAUCAAAUUUAGUAACUAUAGAUUUUUUUUCCCAUUCUGUAUUUUAUGAAGGUCCUUCGUAAUCAUCCCUUUAUGUCACAAAAAUGAAUAUAUGUUUAUUAAAAGAGUAUCUGUUUGA